CCGCGCCGGCCCGGCCAUGAAUGGACUGCCCUCGGCCGAGGCGCCGGGCGGCGCGGGCUGCGCCCUUGCCGGACUCCCGCCGCUGCCGCGCGGCCUCAGCGGUCUCCUCAACGCGAGUGGGGGCUCGUGGCGGGAGCUAGAGCGCGUCUACAGCCAGCGCAGCCGCAUCCACGAUGAGCUGAGCCGUGCGGCCCGCGUCCCUGAAGGGCCCCGUGGUGCCACAGGCGCCGCCAACGCCGGACCUGCCGCCGGUCCCCCCGGACCGCGUCGCCCUGUCAACCUCGACUCGGCAUUAGCGGCGCUGCGCAAGGAGAUGGUGGGGUUGCGGCAGCUGGACAUGUCCCUGCUGUGCCAGCUGUGGGGCCUGUACGAGUCAAUCCAGGACUACAAGCACCUGUGCCAAGAUUUGAGCCUGUGCCAGGACCUGUCAUCCUCCUUGCAUUCAGACAGCUCCUACCCACCCGAUGCUGGCCUAUCUGAUGACGAGGAACCUCCUGAUGCCAGCCUGCCCCCGGACCCACCACCCCUCACUGUGCCCCAGACACACAAUGCUCGUGACCAGUGGCUGCAAGACGCCUUCCAUAUCAACCUCUGAAGAACUGGGGGUGGGGUGGGAGGUGUGCACCCAUGCGAAAGCCUCCGAAACUCACCCCUCAGCAAGUGCUCAGACUAUAGUGCCUGCUUUCCCCCACACCGCCUCACCUACAGGAGGGCAAGGCCUGGGCCACUCAGAGGCACAGCUGCCAACCCCCUCUCUCCUGUCUUGGGUUAGCUGGCUCUGGGGCAGGCACCUGGGCUACAGCCUCUGCCCAUGGCACUGGACCUCCACUUCCACAUGUGUGCACCCAGCUUGGCUAACCUUUAGGCUGGCAGUGGGCCCCAAGCAUCUUACAACCCCCUUGGCAUCUCUGGGAUGCCAUCUCCUUGUCACCUGCUGCUGCUCUUGGCAGCUGCUGGCUCAGGAGCAUCCCACCUCUGGUCCCUGGGUUCCACUCCCCUAGACAAGGGCUCCAGGACCCAUUCUUGCACCCACCCACAAUCGGGAGGGCCUAGGCUCCCUGCUGGAUAUUUAAGUUUAGGGGCCAGCCCCCUGGGCAUAUAGAUAAAUAAACAGCCUC